GGAUGACUGUAGUCUGUCUCUAACCUAGCAGUCCCCUACCCCGGUAAGCUCUGAAUGUCUGGAAAUCCUUCAGGCGUUCAGUGCAGACAUCUGCGCCGUGCAACAGGACCCCACAGAGCCAACAUGGCAGCGCCCGGAGAGUUUGAGAGGUGGUUAAACAGUCGCCUCGACUCGCUUGAAGUGGACAGGGAUGUGUACGGAUCCUACAUCCUCGGGGUGCUACAGGAGGAGGACAGCGAAGACGAGAAGAUGGACGCCAUCCAAGGCAUUCUGUCGGCGUUUCUGGAAGAAGAUGCGUUGGAAGAUGUCUGCACAGAAAUUAUUAAACAGUGGUUGGACAGCAGUGCUGGGUCCAAAGCCAAGAACGAUCAUGUAGAUGCGGAGGUGCAGGCAAUCGCUAGCCUUAUUGAGAAGCAGGCCCAGAUUGUGGUGAAGCAGAAAGAGGUGUCCGAGGAGGAAAAGAAGAGGAAGGCAGCACUCCUCGCCCAGUAUGCCAACAUCACAGAUGAUGAGGCAUAUCCUUUAUCUGCCGUUCUUUUUUUUUUCCAGUCCAGUUUCUUUAACACAAGCACUGAAGACGCAGGACCAGAGGAGAGUGGAGCAGCAGCCUGUACAUUUGACACCAGCAAGUCUCUGUUUAAAAACACAAACCUAGAAGACGUGAUGAAUGCCAAGAAAGUGGACAGGGAAAAGGCUCGAGAGGACUCCCACAAGAAGAAAGAACAGGACAAGAUGCAGAGGGAAAAGGACAAACUACUCAAACAGGAGAGGAAAGACAAGGAAAAGAAACGGACUCAGAAAGGAGAGCGCAAGAGAUAAAAGGGUGUUUCUGAACUUGGUUUAAAAUUUUCACAUAAAGUAAUAUGCUUUGUCGAUAAUGGAUUAAGAUAUUUACUGAACAAUCCGUGUUCAGUAAGAAACAUUCAGAACUUGUACACCUAACCUAUAUAAAAUCUGAGGUCCUGGUGGCCACCAGCAUUGUUUAGUUUGGCUCAUAUUUUGGCUUGUAUUUUAAUCCUUUUCAAAUAUGUUAUGUAUUUUGCAGAUAUUAGGGAAGUUGACAUCAUGGGUCAACAUAUGAGUUACCUUUAUUAUAAAGUGCCCAUGCUAACCACAAACCACAAAGAGCAGUGGGCGGAGUGUAAUUCAAGACUAUUAGAACAAGAUAUGUUCAGAUCAGCAGUAAAUCAGAAUAAAAGUUGUUCUGAGGGGAAAAAAAAAACAACAUUUUAGUUAGAGCAAAUUAUCAAAUCCAUGCACCCAUCAAUUGAAAUGUAAACUACAGAGCAUAUAUCUGUAUUUUUUUUUUUUAGUAGUUGCCAAUUAGUUUUUUUUUUUGUUAUUUUCUCCCCAAUUUAGUAGUGUCCAAUUAUUUUGUUUUGUUUAGCUCAGCUCACCGCUACCACCCAGGUGCUGACUCGGGAGGGGCGAAGAUGAACACGCUGUCCUCAGCAGUAUGUGCCGUUAGCCGCCCGCUUUUUUUUUAAAAUACAUAUUGCAGACUCACCAUGCAGCCACUCAGAGCUACAGCGUCGGACGACAACGCAGCCCUGGGCAUCUUGCAGUCAAGCCCGCAGGCGCCCGGCCAGACCACAGGGGUCGGGCCAAGGACACGCUGGCCGACCUAACCCUCCCUCCCCCACGUGCAGCACUCGGCCAAUUGGGCGCCGCCCCCUAGGAGCUCCCAUCCUCGGUCGGCAAAGGAAAAGCCUUGACUCGAACUGGCGAUGUCCAGACUAUAGGGUGCAUCCUGCACUCUACGCAAAUGCUUUUACUGGAUGCGCCACUUGGGAGCCCCCAAUCUAUCUGUAUUUUAACACAAAUUGGGUUUGCACCUCCAAUAAAAGGCUUUUUUUUUUAACAAUAUAGUGCUAAUCUGUAAGCAUAUUAUCAGGCAAUUAAAAUGGAAAAAGUCAACCAGAAGCACAUGUCUGUUACCUGGGGGCAUCCACCUUUGAGUGAGAUAAAGUAACUUGUUACUGCUUGAAGGCAAGUGCAAUCUGCUAAUGCAGGUACUGUAGAAUAGCAUGUUAUUUGUUUGUUUUGAUGAAAAUGUGGGUUACCAUUGUACUUGGGUUUUUCACUAGAAAUUAUGAAGUAUGUGCCAAAUUAGGUGUAAUUUCUUUUUAAAUUAAAUAAAAUCCUUCUCACAAUAUUUUUAAUUUUCAGACCUUUUACCUCAACAGUCUUCUGUUUAUGAUACAAUCACUGCGUCUUGUUAGAUACUCAAGCUUUGCAAAUUGAUUAAAUUUGUUUGUUUCUUGGUUCUGGACAGAUAAAAAAUGCUUUUCUGUGCCCCCUGUCAUAUUGACAUUUUGUCCCACAGCUGAUUUUUUUUUUUGUUCUUCUGCUCAAUGAAACUAUGUCGCUACUGCUGCUGAAAAUGAAUAUAACAGUGCAAACGUAAUUACGUACAUAGACAAUGGUGACUUAGAGGCUGCUACACAGAACAACUUGCACCAUGCUGCUGGACUGUUUUUAUAUGCUGCUUCUGAAAAACGUGUUUUUCUCAGACUUGCGUAUAGGUUGCAGGACACAGACAUAUAAACAAAUUGCUGUUGUAAGGCUACUUUCCAAAAAAAAAAACACUUUCAAAAGGUGUAUUUUUAAAAGAUUUUAAAAUCUCAAAAAGCAAAUUGUGGAGUAGAUACGGCAUAUUACUAUGCAACAUCACAGUAUGUUUUUUUGUUUGUUUUCUAAUAAAAUGCAUUUGCUAUUUGA